AUGGUUGAGAAUUCAUGUGAUUCACCUCGACCCGUAGAGGACAAUGUUUCGGAGAUAGAGGCUUGUGAUUCAAGAGAACCUGUUUUUGGAUUAGUCGUGGAAAAUUCAUCUCAUGUUGAGAAUUCAUGUGAUUCACCUCGACCCGUAGAGGACAAUGUUUCGGAGAUAGAGGCUUGUGAUUCAAGAGAACCUGUUUUUGGAUUAGUCGUGGAAAAUUCAUCUCAUGUUGAGAAUUCAUGUGAUUCACCUCGACCCGUAGAGGACAAUGUUUCGGAGAUAGAGGCUUGUGAUUCAAGAGAACCUGUUUUUGGAUUAGUCGUGGAAAAUUCAUCUCAUGUUGAGAAUUCAUGUGAUUCACCUCGACCCGUAGAGGACAAUGUUUCGGAGAUAGAGGCUUGUGAUUCAAGAGAACCUGUUUUUGGAUUAGUCGUGGAAAAUUCAUCUCAUAUCUUACCCCUUGAUUUAAUAGAUAGUGAAUCAAGUGAUGAAUGUGAUUAUGAAGUUGAGUCUCCAUCUUUAAAUCAAGUACACCAAUCUGAAGACAGUAAUCAACCAUAUACGAAUGAAGAGAAUACUGAAGAGAUAAGCGAAAAAGUUGGUCGUUGGACAUUUAGUUCUGUAAGGUGCAGCGAAAAAAAAAUCGAAAAUACUGUACGAAUUAGUAAAGCCAGUAAACAUGAUUUGGGUCAUUGUAAACCAUCUGAUUUGGAGAAAGAAAGACUUCAGAUUCACAGUGAAUCACAACGUCUUAUACGAGAAGUUGACAUGCAGUUGCCAAUCCACAGACCUAAACAAUUUAAAUGCUUCAGUGAAUUUCGUCAGUCUUUAAAAGGCGGAGCGUUGAGUGGCACUAAGAAUUGUGAAUCUCUAUCUCAGAAUUCGUCACUUCCAGAUUGUUGCAACAAACUUCAAGCAACUGCGGAACAACCUACUCAAGGUGACACAGAGGAGGACAAUUUAGACAUCAAACCACUCAUUUUACAAGGUUGUUCGGUUGAUAAUCCUCUCCAACCUGUUGACAUUGAUCACACCAUUUCUGAACCAACAGCGUCGUCAUCUGAUGUAAGGUCAUCACUCACUCUUAAAAAUGAAUCGAAUAAAUUGGCCAGUUUACUGCCUUCUCUGAUCUCAAGGCAUUCUAUAAGUGAUAAUAAUGAAGAGAUGUUCAUCGAUUUAGGUGAAUCGGUUACUGUUUCAAAGCCUAGUGUAACACCUGCUGAUCAAUUAUUGGCUCGUUUAAGGAAGCAUCUUUCAGUACCUGAUGAAAAAGCUGUUGUUCAUGGACCUAUUAAGUAUUCAAUCAUCACAAAGGUUCAAAGCAAUGACAGUGAAAGAGAAGAGCUUCAAGUAGAAACUGUCACCCAUCAGUCUUCCAAGAGCUCUUCAACAACUUUGUCAGUCAGUAGGAAACAGUGGUUGGAACAUCGAAAGAAUCUUGAAGAAAAGAUGCGUCAAAAAAGACUACAGCAGUAUGAAAUGCGAUUAAAAGAAGAGGGUAUUUGCGGUUCAAAAAGGCCACCUACUGAAAACUCUGAGGAAGCGUUAAACAGUGACGAGGAAUGGUCAGAAGGUGAUGCUGAUGACAGUGCAUUGUCGGAAGAUUCUUCCUCUACUACUGAAGAGGAAGAUGAAGAAGAAAGUAGCAACGAAGAAGGUGAUGAGGAAGAAGACGAGGAUGAUGAUGAUGUGUUGGUUAGCAAAAAGUCCUCAAAUCGUCGUGCCUGUCUCUUUGCUGAUGAUGAAGCAGAGGAAUCUGAAACUGAUGAAGGAUCCUUAGGUGGUGAUGAAGUUCAACAGAUUUCUACAGCUAAACAGCCUGUGAAUUCGAACCAAAAAGAUUCUUAUAAUAAAGUUAGUACUACCAACUUCAAGGUUGUAGAUUCAGAGAAAAAUAUUAACAAAUUUUACUCACUUCAAAGGCAGUGUUCACAAUUUGAUGAUUUCACAGAUCUUCCUGAAGACGGUGUAGGAUUUGCAAACUUCUCCUCUUGCAGUAAUUUCAGUUUAAGUCAUCCACAGAGACGUCAGCAAGGAAGCUUAGGUCCAGGUGAUGUGGAUCUUUUUGCGUCUGAAUAUUCGAGCAUUUUGGAUAGAACUAUGAAUCCUCGGUCUAUUUUAGCCUCUACGCGUUUAGACGCGACCACUCUUGGUGACGAAAACAAAUCUCGAUUCACACGUGAUUCAUCUUCACACAGUCAAUGGAAUAAUACACCUUAUGAAUUACUCUACUCUCAAAAGCCGAAUAGUCAAUUGCCAUCCAGAUCACAGUCUGUUAUUCAGGAGUCAGCUGACGACAGCUCAGCGUUGUUGGAUACUAAUAUCAACCAUAUAUCAUCUCAAGACACCGUUUUAUUAUCACAAGAACCAUCUCAACAAACAUGCGACGUGGAUCCUACUCUAAUACUGUGUGAAAGACCGGAGUUGAGUGUUCAUUCACAAGUUGGUCAUGAAAAUCGCCGUCAUCUUUUCGGUGGAUCGGUUUUUGAUCAAUCACAAGCAUCCAUUGGUUUCAGCACCGAAGCACUUCAUCAAAAUAAUACUUUAGAUUCCCAGAUUCAUCACGAGAAGCGACGUAAUCUGUUCGCUGGAUCAACAUGUGAUUCAACAGAAGGGUUUACGGAUCUGUCCACUAAAUCCGUUGAAGGAAAUGAUAAUCCCGAUUCUCAAAUUACUCACGAAAACCGUCGAAAUUUAUUCUGUGGGUCAAUAUGCGAACAGUCUCAAAGCCUAUUGAGUGAAGUCGCUAAUCCGACAGAAACGAUUGACUCCCAAGCGUAUCACGUGAAUAGACAUAAUCUGUUUAGUGGAUCACUAUGUGACCAGUCAAAAGCGUUCAUGGAUUUGCCCAUAAAGCCAGUUGCAGAGAACGAUUCUCAAGCUUUUCAUGAGAACCGGCGUAAUCUGUUUGGUGGAUCAAUAUGUGAUCAAUCACAACCACUCAUGAAUUUCACUAAUAAGUCUGUUGAGGACAAUGAGAAUCCAGAUUCACAGAUGCAUCAUGACAAUCGACGAAAUUUAUUCAGUGGGUCAUUAUGUGCCCAGUCACAAUCGUUCAUGGAUUCGGCUAUCAAGUCGACUAGAGAAAAUUGUAGUUUAGAUUCACAGGUUCAUCAUGAGAAUCGACGUAAUCUUUUCAGUGGAUCAGUAUGUGAUCAGUCACAAGCCCUUAUGGAUGAAGCCACAAAGUUAACUGAAGAUUCCCAAGCACACCAUGAAAAUCGUCGCAAUCUGUUUGGUGGAUCGUUAUGUGACCAAUCACAAAUGUUUACGGAUUCGAACGCUAAAGCUAUUGAAGAAAAUGGCGAUAUAGAUGUCCAAGAUUCUGUGCCUACAACACAAAAUGCAUCCCGUCGACGAGUACUCAUUCUGGAUGAUGAUGACGUGGAAGAGGAGCAUGAAGAGAGAGAGAAGACUGACAGCAGUAGCAAUACUGGUUCAUAUUCACAUAUUCAAAAUAGUCCACUGAAAUUCCAGAGUUUCCAGUCAGAAUCCAAUAUUAUGAAGACUAUCGAAAAUACUGACUUCUUAGAAGAAUCUAUUGAAGAUGAAAAUCAGGAAGACGAUGAUGAAAAGCUGGAGGUCGAUAAUUAUGAUGAUGAUUCAGAGAAGGAAAAUGAUGAGGGUAGCAGUGAUUCUGAUGCUACUAAUUCCAAUGCUGACGAUGAUGAUACUGACAAUGAGCCUUCAGAGGUGGAGGAAGAAGGAGAAGAAAAGGAAGAGGAUGAAAAUGAAACUGAUUAUCAUAAUGUUGAUGAAGAUGAUGAGGAAGAAGUACAACGGCUUACUCUAAAGUCAAAUGAGGUUAAAAAGAAGAAAAAAUUUCGUAUGAAUAAUUUUGUGGAUGAAGAAGCUGAAUUAUCUGGUGAUGAAAAUGAGCGUGCUUAUUAUAUGGAUGAUGAAGAUGAAUUGGAUCUUGAUGAUGCUGAUGAAGAAUUUGCUGAUUUAAUUGAUGAGAAUGAUUCAGAUAUUCCAUCAGCUGGUCGUUUAAGACGUCAACUUGAACGUGUUCAUCAUCGUCUUCAAACUGAUCAAGAUAUUCGUGAAAUACGCUACCUCAAGGAACUCUUCUUUGAAGACGGAGAUUUACAUGCUGAAGAUGGUCGUGUUCGUCAACGACGUUUUCGAUGGCGUGGACUAGACACUGAUGAUCCAUUUGCCGAACAGUUGAAUGUAGAUGAUGGUGAUGAGAAUUCAAGUGAUGAAGGAGAUAAUCCUGCUACUGUUCCCUUUGGUCCUUUGGAUCGAUGGCUACAUGGUCCAUUAAAUUCAAAAGUCGAUUCCUCCAAUGAAAAUAAAAAUAGCAAUCAGUCUACUGGAAAUCCUGAUCUCGAUUCUGACAGCGUACACCAGUCAUCUAAUCAUCAUUCGAAUGAAAAUCAUAAUGAUACACUUUCUGGAUCAGAUGGCGAAGAUGAGGAAGAAAAUCUAGACAACAAUAGUAAUUCUGUUACCAAUACAUAUGGUAUUUCAUCUACUGCUGUUUUCUCUCUUGGAAGAAAAGCUGUACUGAAAACUCAAGCAAAACUGAAAACUCAAAUCAUUGUCCGUAAUAAAUUACCAGUUAAUCGUGGUAAAGCUGUCAAAUCCUCUCCUAUCAUUAAAAAUCCAAUAAUAUCCAACUUUUUGAAACCGAAAUCCCCUAAGAAACUAGCUGAUGGGACGGUUUCUAUUACUACUACUACUACUAUUGAUAAUAUAAAUGGAAAUGAUGAUGAAGACAUCAUUGAUAAAAAUGUUACCGUGACUGAUAGUGAUAACAGCAACAUGAGUGAUAAUUGUUAUAAACCCGUUGCUCCUAUAAAACGAAAACUUGAUGAUAAUGAUGAUGAUCAUAUCAAUCGUGAUGUGAAGUUUCAGAUGGUCAGACAUGGCUCUUUAUUAAGUCGUCCUAUUGGAAGUUUCUUUCCUGGUUAUAAAUUGGAACUGCCUAAAAAGAAGCAGCCAACUUUCACUGGAGAUUUCGAUAUCAAUCCACCAACAAGUGAAAAUAAUCGUCGUGGUCAAUCACAUCUUUUAGGUUUACGCAAUAAAGUUGGUUUAUCGUGUUUCAGUAUUGUUACAUCUGAUAUAAAACACGAGAGAAUUGACUCAUCUGAUGAUAUUCCAGCUAAUCAAACAAGUGUCAUAGGAUCAUCUAGUGCUGUCAAUGUGAAACAUAAACGUCCAGUGGAUGUGAUCAAGCAUCAUUCAGUACUGUUGAGUCCUCCAAGUUUAAAACGUCGUCGAUCGACUAGUGUAUUUACUGCAUUGCUGUAA